AUGAAGUUUAUUACUCUUGCAUCAUUGACAGCAGUUUUGAGCAUUAUUUUCCCUGGACUUGUUAUGAGUGAUUACACUUGUAAUGGCCGACGCAUUCCAACAUCCCUUCUACAGGAAAAAGUCAAUGUAGUCCAUUCAAGUUUAGUUGCAGAUGAUCCCAAUUUUGGUAGAAGAUAUCCACAAAACAAAAUUUUCAAUCAUACCUUCAUAUAUAUAGUUCCAGGAACAAUAAGUAGGUGA